CGCUGACAAUAAAGACGUUUCUAAGCACCCGCCUCCCUGGAGCCCCUCCCAGACCACACCCUGGGCCAGGGGCUGCAGACGGGGUGGCCUGGCCAGCGGCCAGCAGGCUCCUCAGUGGAGGUGGGAGCCUGCAGCCCCCAGGAGUGGACUCAUGGCCCAGCACCUCAGGCGGGGGUCAGGGCCAGAGCCUCACCCACGCCCACGGCAGGGUCCGACACAGGCAGAUUGCCUGCUCAUGCUGGCCUACAAGGACAAGUCUGACCGUGCCAAGGGCCUCCGGGAGCGCAGCAGCCUGACCCUGGAGGACAUCUGUGGCCUGGAGCCUGGCCUGCCCUACGAGGGUCUGGUCCACACACUGGCCAUCGUCUGCCUGUCCCAGGCCGUCAUGCUGGGCUUCGACAGCCGCCAGGCCAUGUGUGCCUGGGACGCCCGCAUCCGCUAUGCGCUCGGCGAGGUGCACAGGUUCCAUGUGACGGUGGCUCCCGGCACCAAGCUGGAGAGUGGCCCGGCCACCCUCCACCUCUGCAACGACAUCCUGGUCCUGGCCAGGGACAUCCCUCCGGCCGUCACGGGGCAGUGGAAGCUGUCCGACCUCCGGCGCUACGGGGCCGUGCCCAACGGAUUCAUCUUCGAAGGCGGGACCAGGUGUGGCUACUGGGCCGGAGUCUUCUUCUUGUCUUCCACCGAGGGGGAGCAGAUCAGCUUCCUGUUUGACUGCAUCGUUCGAGGCAUCUCCCCAACCAAGGGCCCCUUUGGGCUGCGGCCAGCCCUCCCAGACCCCAGCCCCGGGGGUUCCUCGACCUUGGAGGAGCGAGUGGCCCAGGAAGCCCUAGGAGCCCUGCAGCUGGAGAAGCGGCUCAGCAUGCUCUCGCACUCCGGCAGGCCAGGCAGCGGAGGGGACGACCACAGCCUCUCCAGCUCCUCCUCCGAGGCCAGCCACUCGGACACCAGCGCCAGCAGCAGGCUCACCGCGUGGCCGGAGCCGUCCUUGUCCUCGGCAGCCACGUCGCAGGAGGGGCUGGGGCUGGCGGCCGCCCAGGCCCCAGGGGAGGCCGCGCUGGGCGCCUCGAGGCUGCCCGCCAAGCCGCUGCGCCCCCGGCAGCUGCAGGAGGUCGGCCGCCAGAGCUCCUCGGACAGCGGCAUCGCCACGGGCAGCCACUCCUCCUACUCGGGCAGCUUCUCGUCCUAUGCGGACAGCAGCCUGGACGUGUGGCGGGCGGGCGGCGACGAGUUCGGCUCGCUGCUCAGCCUGCCGCCACCGGCUGGGGUACCUGAGCCCAGCCUGUGUGCCUGCCCGCCUGGGGUGGCCGAGUACCAGGUGCCCACCUCGCUGCGGCACCACUACGACACGCCCCGCAGCCUGCGCCAGGCCCCCCGGGACCAGAGCGCGGCCUCGCAGGCUGGCCCUGACCAUGGUGCUGCCACGGACUCGGGCAGCCAGACAUCGGCCGGGUGUCCUUCUGGCUGGCUGGGCACAAGAAGGCGGGGACAGGCGACAGAGGUCCUCGGCAGUGAGGCCACACUGCCCAGCCCAGCCCCCAGCGAGCCCUGGGAAGCAGGCGGGCCCCACCCUGGGCCGCCUCCGGCUUUCUUUUCGGCAUGUCCAGUCUGUGGAGGACUCAAGGGAGCAGCUGCUUCGCCCCCUGGACCCAUGAUGACCCACCCAGGAUGGCUGGGGCCCACGGCAGCUGAGGGCCCAGGGCUGGACGGACAGCGCAGCAGCGCGCCUGCCUACGUGAACAUCCCGGUCAGCCCCUCCUCCAGUCGCCAGCUGCACUACAUGGGCCUGGAGCUCCAGGAGGCCGGCGUGGGCGUCCGAGGGGCCGGCACCGCCCACUACGCACAGAUCGACAUUGCGGCCACAGAGACGGCGCAUCGGGUGGGGGCCCAGCACGCGCAGACCCGGGAGGAGCGGCUGUCGGAGCUGGAGCAGCGGAGGAAAGGGGCCCAGCCGUGAGGCCCCUGACCUGCACAGCUGGACUGUCUGGCCCUGGCCUCUGUGGUGGUCUCCACCACAUCCUCUGCUGGCCUGGCGUCGAGGGUGACUCCUAACCACCCAGCUGCGGGAGGGCACGACUGGUCUCGUGCCCCGGCGGCGGGAGGACUCUGGGCCCACGCUGGUUCAUUCCGGUUCUCUACUCCUGUCGGGGUCUCCCACCCCACUGGUGCCCAGGGCUGACCCUUUCUUCGGCCUGAUCACGUCUCCCUGGACCACAGGCCUCCGAGGCAGCGUUAGGCACCUGACACAGCACCUCUGGCAUCUGGGGCUGAGUCGCCAGGGUGAAUUUGAGAGCGGUUUCCACGGCCUGGGAUGAAACUGUCCCCCCCCUCCUGUGUGUGACCACCCAGGUGACAGCUGUGUCCUUGCAAAAGGCAUGUCUUUAGAUAGGGCAGGCAACUCCUGAGGCCUGGGCUGGGACACCACAGCCUCCCCACAGUGUGGCCUCCAAGCCCCCCUGGGGCUCCCCCUGCUGGGUCACAGUGCCCCGUUCCUUGGGUUGGAGGCCACAGCAAGGACAGGCUGUCCCGCCGGUCAGCCACCAGUGACUCUGCUGUGCAGAACCGUGGCUUACCUGAGUCCCGCUUCUCAGGACUCAGGGAGUCACAUGAAGUGCAAACCGCCCCUGUUCUGUGUUUAACGUGUGUGAUCCCCUGCAGGGGUGCAGACGCACCUGCGCUUUCUGCCUCUGGACUGGGUCCGGCUGGUGUCUCAGUGCUGGGCCUGAGGCUGGGGGUCCUGGGGGCAGAUGGAGUGCCGCCCUUGCUGGAGCUAGGUCAGGGUCUCCAUGUGGGAACUUCUUCCAGAUGCAUUGGCCUUGGGGGAGCCUGUGGCAGUUCUGUGACUCGGACAAUGGAUGGGAGGUUUCCGGGGUGGUGGGUUUCCUUCAUGCCCCAGCCUGGGCUGAGGAAGGCUGGCGUUGGGGGCCGGGGGCUCUCCUAGGCUCCAGCUGCAGACCAUCUUGGCUGUUUCUUCUUCCAUCUCCCUCCCCCACCCCAGGAGCCCAAGGGUCCAGAGGGUCCAUGCUUAGCUGCUGAUGGGGAUCAAAGGAGACUGGUGCUACUCUUCUUUUGGGGUCCCUGGUGUUGGAAGGUUCCAGAACACCUGCCCUCCUUGCUCUGCUGGCCCCACAUGUCCCAUGAGCUGACAGGCUGAUCAAGUGUGACUGCGUGGAAACCCAGGAGAGGGAGCAGCUCGACUCUGAGCCCGCUGGGGGUGGGGGCAGAGGCCCCCAUGGGAGGACAGGCUCUGGCUGCCCCACCAGACCAAGAUGGAACAGGUGUCCAGCCUAGCCUAGAAGAUCCCCUCUUGCCCCCUUCCCAGAUUUUCUUCCAAGCCAAAAGUGUGGUCACCGCCAGUCCCAGUGGUGUCCAGGCCCUCCAUGCGAACCCCUGCUUGUCUGGGGCUGGUUGGAGCUGCCUCCUGGUCCACAGUGGUUUGGUGGGUCACUGAACGUUGGGCAUUUGCUUUAAAGUUGUUGACUUUCACCCUUCAAGGCAAGGCACCAGCCCUGAUACUCCUGGACUUAGCCAGCAGGGAGGGCAGGUGCAGGCACAGGCAGGGCCCCGUGAACCUCUGGGCUGAGCUGGGGCCUGCGCCAGGGGGUCUGCGUGCACCUGGCCUCAGCACCCAGUCCUCCCAUGGCACAGGCUCCAGAGAGACCAGGCCUGGGUCUGCAGCCUUAGGAGGGACCUAGGGAAGGAAGAUGAGGAUAAGGUGACACAGAGGGACAUAGCACAGGAGGCAAUGUGGAAGGGCAGCUAAGUGGGCAUCACUGUCAGACAGGCGUCUGGCAAAGCCCAGGGGCCAGAGAAACAUCUUUCAGCCCAGGACCAGGAGCCCAUCAGUGACUCCUUCCCAGGACCAGAACAAAGGCCAGGGCCCUGAGACUUUACGGUCACCUAGUAGCCCUGGCACCACCUCCUCUUGGCUACCAGAACUUUGCAGAGAGGACCCUGAGGUCAGGCUCCAGACGCCACCCAGCUCUGAAGGGAGGUCAGGCAUUUGGCCAACUGGCUCUGGCCUCAAGCGGCCAUCCUGGUUGGCAGAACUCCCAGGACCCCGAAGGCUGCCUGGGCUGGAGGCCAUCCUCCCCUGCACAGCUCAGCCUCACGGGGGAGUCCCUGCUGGAGGCCUUGUGUGCCCGGACCUCCCUGUGGCACCUUGGCCAGGUGGUCGAGCCUGCCCCCUGGUACAGGUACAGAGGGUAGGCGGCCCACACUGCAGACACCAGGCCUGGUUGGAACCUCUCUUACCUGACCCCUUGGGCAGCACAGAAACUGGCUUCCUGCUCCUUUCUAAGUAGGAACCUGAGGCUCUGGGCAGCCAAGGCCGCAGGGCUGAGGAGCUGGCACGUGCUGCCUGUAGGAAUGGCCAGGAAGGGCUGCAGAGCGUGGUCAAGACCCUGGGAGGGGA